AUGGUGCAGAAAUCCCGCAACGGCGGCGUUUACCCCGGUCCAGCUGCGGAGAAAAAGCUCAAAGUCGGCUUUGUUGGGCUAGAAGCUGGGGCUACAGACUCAAACAGAGAUGGGGCGCUUCUUAUAGCGGGUUCCGAGGCAACAAAGCGAGGCAGCAUACUAAGCAAACCGAGAUCCAGCAUCUCCGGGAAAGGGAAACCUCCGAAGAGAAAUGCGUUUUAUAGACGACUGCAGAAUUUCCUCUACAAUGUACUGGAAAGACCGAGAGGAUGGGCGUUUAUAUAUCACGCUUAUGUAUUCCUACUGGUCUUCUCCUGUCUUGUCCUGUCUGUAUUCUCCACCAUAAGAGAGUAUGAGAAGAGUUCAGAGGAUGCCUUGUAUAUACUGGAAAUCGUGACCAUCGUGGUGUUUGGUGUGGAGUACAUCGUGAGGAUCUGGGCGGCUGGGUGCUGCUGUCGCUACAGGGGAUGGAGGGGGCGGCUGAAGUUUGCCCGCAAGCCUUUCUGUGUAAUCGACAUCAUGGUGUUGAUAGCGUCCAUCUCGGUGCUGGCAGCCGGUACCCAGGGGAACGUCUUCGCUACCUCCGCCAUCCGCAGUCUACGGUUCCUCCAGAUUCUGCGAAUGAUUCGAAUGGACAGGAGAGGCGGCACGUGGAAACUCCUGGGAUCAGUGGUCUAUGCGCACAGCAAGGAGCUAAUCACUGCCUGGUACAUUGGAUUCCUGUGUCUCAUCCUGGCAUCUUUCCUGGUAUAUUUGGCUGAAAAAGAGGACAACACCCAGUUUGAAACCUACGCAGAUGCUCUGUGGUGGGGACUUAUAACUCUGACUACCAUCGGCUAUGGCGAUAAAUACCCAAUCACCUGGAAUGGACGGCUCCUUGCCGCAACCUUUACUCUGAUUGGAGUGUCUUUCUUUGCACUUCCAGCGGGCAUCUUGGGGUCAGGGUUUGCCCUGAAGGUCCAGGAGCAGCACCGGCAGAAGCAUUUUGAGAAACGGAGGAACCCUGCCGCAGGACUGAUCCAGGCUGCAUGGAGGUUUUAUGCCACCAACCUCACACGGACAGACCUGCAAUCCACAUGGGAUUAUUAUGAGCGCACAGUAUCUGUCCCUAUGUACAGCAGACUUAUUCCCCCUCUGAACCAGCUGGACCUCUUGCGGAAUCUGAAGAGCAAGUCUGGGCUGUCAUUCAGGAAGGACGCUCAGCCAGAACCUUCUCCCAGCCAGAAGGUAAGCCUGAAGGAGAGGGUAUUCUCCAGCCCCAGGAGCUCUGGGAACAAGGGGAAGGGCUCCCCGCAGGGCCAGGCUAUCCGGAGGUCCCCCAGUGCGGACAACAGCAUCGAGGACAGCCCCAGCAAGGUGCCCAAGAGCUGGAGCUUCGGGGACCGCAGCCGGGCCCGGCAAGCCUUCCGCAUCAAGGGGGCCGCCUCCCGCCAGAACUCAGAAGUGCUGAUUGAGAUGCAGGAUGAAGAAUUCAGGCAGAAGAGCUCUCCAGCAGUUGAAGGGUUAAUCAAGGCCAGCCUGCCUGGAGAAGACAUUGUCGAUGACAAUAAGAGCUGCCACUGUGAGUUUGUCCCGCAGGACUUAACCCCGGGACUAAAAGUUACAAUCAGGGCUGUGUGCAUCAUGAGGUUUAUGGUUUCAAAGAGAAAGUUCAAGGAGAGCCUGAGGCCAUACGACGUGAUGGACGUCAUUGAACAGUACUCAGCAGGCCACCUGGACAUGUUGGCACGGAUUAAAAACCUGCAAUCCAGGAUAGAUAUCAUUGUGGGUCCCCCUACCCUCUCAACUCCCCGCCAUAAGAAGUAUGGUACCAAGGGACACAAAGAUUCACCCCCAUACUCUCCUAGAGUUGACCAGAUUGUUGGUCGAGGCACUCCAAUGACAGAUAAGGACCGCCCCAAAAGCACCACAGAAGGAGAGCUACAGGAGGACCCGAGCAUGAUGGGACGUCUGGGGAAAGUGGAGAAACAGGUGAUGUCUAUGGAGAGGAAGCUGGAUUUCCUGGUGAACAUCUACGUGCAGCGCAUGGGCAUCCCACAGUCGGAGACCGACGCCUACUUCAGCUCCAAGGAGCCCGACCCGGCGCCGCCGUACCACAGCCCGGUGGAGAGCCGGGAGCACAUGGAGAAGAGCGGCUCAGCCACCAAGAUCAUCCGCUCCAGCAGCGGGGCGGGCCAGAAGAACUUCGACCCGCCGCCCGCGUCCUGCUCGGCAGCCGGGCCCCCGCAGGGCCACUGCCCGCCCUCCACCUCCUGGCAGCAGCACACCGCGGGCGAGUUCCCCCCGCGUAGCCGCCGCGCCUCCCCCGCGGGGGACCCGUCCCUGGUGCGCAUCCCGCCCCCGCCCGCCAACGACCGCUCGACCAACGGGAGCGGCCGGGCCGGAGGGCACCACCACCCGCGCGGCGAGGAGGCCAAGCAGCCGCCCCAGACCCAGGCGCAGGAGGCCGGGGCCGGGGCCGGAGCCGGGGCGGACAGCGACACCUCCAUCUCCAUCCCCUCCGUGGACCACGAGGAGCUGGAGCGCUCCUUCAGCGGGUUCAGCAUCUCCCAGUCCAAGGAGAACCUGGACUUCCUCAACAACGGCUACUUCGCCGGCGUGGCCCGCUGCGCCAAGGUCCGGCCCUACAUCGCCGAGGGCGAGUCCGACACCGACUCGGACCUCUGCGCCCCCUCGCCCCACUCCGCCACCGGGGAGGGCGCCUACGGGGACCGGGGCUGGUCGGGAACCAAGUAG